GUACCGGGCACAGUACCUCCGCGCAUUCUGUCGUCUCCACGCGCCUGUCGUUACAUACCUACACUCACACAGGGCCUGCAACAAUAAUGACUGACAUCACCCCCGAGACCUUGCGAGCACCCUUCAAUUUUAAAUAAAGGGAAACAAACCCUCUGUCCGAGUUAUGGCCGAUGGAAAAACAUUAGCGUACACACAUUUAUAGUGAUUUAUUUAAUUUUAGUUUUGUGAAACAAACGACUUUAUUAUUGUGACCGCUUUGCACCUGUACUUUUGGACACGGAUUAUUAUUAACUCAAAAUGAUACAAGACAGCGAUGCCUCAGCGUUGGCUGAACGAAUAGCCGCAUUCAAGAGUGAUCCAGAUAAACUGCGCGAGGCCACUGAGUUUGUAGACCAACUCAUUCAGCAAGCAAAAAAAGAGGCAGAACUUAAACAUAAAGAGAAAGACAGAAGUAAAUUCGAACAAGACCCAGCUGCGGGUAACAUGAAGCGGCGGCUAGGCCGAGCGAGGGGCUUCGUUCUCCGCAUGUUUGACGCACUGUGCAACUGUACGCAGACAGCGGCCGCCGCCGCCCGCACCACUGCCCGGAACAACCCAUUCACUAAGCGCUAACCCGGUCACGCUCGAUAAUACCGGUCGAGAAUAUGAAGCUACUAAGCUCGAGUCCUAAUGUCAACAAGUGAAUGUGACAAAGUCACAAAAAAUCCGAUUGUUAAAUACUUUUGACAGGUCACGGCCGCUAUUUCUUAUUUUAUUCUGUCGUCAUCUAACUUAUGCCAUUCCCAAAAUUAAAAUGAGUAUAAGGUGAGCCGUUUAUUAAAAUUCAUCAAGGCGUUUAGGUUUUACAUUGAGGUAAAUAUCAGGAGAUACCUACAUAUAUUAUAACACACAUCUGAAAGAUAUUACUCUCAUUUCUUCUGCAGUCGGUUAAAAAUAAUAGACAAUAGUUACAAUUUUUCCUGCUAAUCAUUGUACGGGUUUUAACAAUCGGAAACCCAGCAAUGAUAGGUAUUAAUGAAACUGAACGUUCCCCAAAAACCAUAGUUUUCACCUUGAAUCUUUCUUACUAAAUAAAUCAGAACACGCGGCUUGCACCUGCCUAUGAAGGUUUCGAAAAUAAUUUUCAAACCUUACAGCUGUAUUGAUAUUUAUGUUGAUAAAUUAGUAAGUUGAGUUUGGCGCUGUAGCGGUUUAAUACACCGCCUUACCUUCUGACGUUUGAAGGUUUGGUCCCUGCACAAUAAGAUUUGUAUUUUUAUGUACGUUUUUUUAUAUUGGUUUAAGUAUUUUUUAUGUAUAAAUAAUUUUGUGUAUUUACAAAAAGUAUUUAAGUAUGCCCAUCACUUGUCCAAUACCCAUAGCGCUGUGUAAUGUCGUUUAGUGGUAUUUAUUUACUCUGAUAUGUAUAACAUUACGCUUUUAAAACUUUGAUAGAUGCUUAAGUUGAAUUACCUACAAGUAUUUCUAUUUUGCACCCUAUGUUCUUUGGGUAAGUUGUUCAGUUUCCCUACAUGUUCUACAUGGAUUACUAAAAUUUCAAAUAUGACUGUAUGAUACAGGAAAUUCUAUACAAUUGUCAUUUAUAAUAAAUACUAUUGUAUAUUGAAGUAAAACAUUAAUAUCUCAAUGAGAGAAGAAAUAAAAAAUAUGUAAUAAUUAUAUUUAAUGUUAAUCAUAUGUAUUAUAGUACGUUUGAGUGCGCAGUAGUGCACCACCAAGUUCCAAAAAUUAAUGUUGUAAUCCGACUAAACCCUUAUAAAAACCUUGGUGUCUUCCUAAAUUUAGUCUCCAGAAAACGGUGUAACAUGGUGUUAUGUGAUCGGUGUGAUGACGCUUAUAGUAUGUAAGACUAUGUAUUUAGCAAUAUUUAGCAGAAGAUACUAUUUGGAUACUCCCAUCGUUUAUACACUGUCCAAUUUUAUGCCUUUUCGACUAAAUAUUUACUCGUGUAUAAAAAAUUACCUAUUUGCCCAUUUUCUAUAUUUACGUUUUUUCUACACUCUUCUAUGAUAUUGUAAAAUUUAUUUCUUGAUAAAGUGUACGCUAUAAGAUUUAUGUGUUUUCACAUAUCUAUUAUAUAGUAUUUAAAAUAUAAUAUAAUUCAUUAAUACAUUUUGUGAGUAGGUACCCCAUAUAUUGUAUUAAUUUGUAUAAAAAAAUUGUCCCAAGCACAAAUGUCAGGAAAAACGAAUCGAGCUCAAAUAUUAUGUAAAAUUUAUUUUGAGUGUUUUGUUUUAGUUUAGAAAAUGCAAAACAUUUUAUGGACAUAUAGGAAUGUAUAAGAAGUAGAAUAAUAAUAAUAAUUUACUUUAAACAAUGUAAAUGUUAAUGGAUCUUAAAGACAAGUGUGUCGACUCGAUUAAGUAUGUGAAGAGAGAAAAAUAUCUACUUACUAGUAAAAAAUUACAAAAAAGAGCUUUGAUAGUUGUGAACAAAAUGUGUGUACGUAAUUAACGUGAGGAUUGAUGAGAUAUUUGGUGAAUAUUUUAUAUUUUGUUUGAAUACUUUAAUAAAAUUAGGAUACGAAAAUCUGUCUCAGUGUUAUAUUAAUGAGCGUGGAAAACGUAUUUCUACCAUAAUCCUAAUAAAAUACAAUAUUCCAACGAUAUGUUUAUUAAUACUAAUAUCAUUUCAAAAUAGAACCUUUCGAUACUAGCUCACUAUCAAACUUGACUUCAUCGGAUUCAUAAAAAAUUGCUCUAAAAGUAUAGAAUUAGAACAUGGCCCUCAAGUUUUGUCACUUGUUUCUAUUUAAACAGUGAUGGUUACCAUCCCACCCAUCGAAUUACUUGCCAUUACUUGUAGUAUAUAAAAGAGUAUAUAAUUAUGUUACUUAUAUAAUGAUAACACCGCAGAAUCCGAUGACGUCACUAGUAAUAACCUAAGUACAGAAAUAACACAUAAUUAGUGGUUUCAUUGUUCAAGUAAACAACUACUUAACUACCAUUUCCAAGCUCAUUAAGUGGACGAUUAAAAUAAACGACUUAAAUAAAUGUUAUAUGUGAUAUCCUGCCUAUAACCUUCACUUCCGGUGCGAUUCUAAUCUCAUCUAUUCCUAUAAAUAAAGUCAUUUUGUAAAUAAAGAA